UUUCAGUUUCUCUCUCUUCAAAAUUGAGAGUCUCAGUGGAUUAACCGAUUAGGAUUUAGGAGAGAGAGAAAAUAAAAAAAAUUCCCUCACUUCUCUCUCCGUUCCCCAAUUCCCCUCUUUCUAUCGGUUUCUUCGCCUUUGCUUUCGAUCCUUGCUUUCUUGGAGAACCCUAUUCCCUUCUCUCUCAUUAUUUCUCUCUCUUAAACUCCCUUCAAAUUCGCUUCCUUUUCAUCCAUUUCUACUUACCCCAAUUUCUUCUUAGCCGCCUGAUGCACUUUGGUCUCUCAAACUAAUCGGUGGGAUUCAUUUACCUCAAUUGCGAGCUGUUCGAAUUUCAGGUUCUGUUGUUAUUUUGGAAAUGGCAAAAGGAAGCAAGGGACGCCAAAGGAUUGCUUCUCGUCAGUACAGACUUACUCCAUACCCAUUGGUCUCUUGCAAAAGGGAUAUUUGUGAGGAGAUGUGCCAGAAGAAAUGCUCAAAAGUCUUGGAUAAGAAAGAGCUUGAAGAUGUGACUUGUUCUGUGUGCAUGGAGUAUCCACAUAAUGCUGUUCUUCUCCUUUGUUCCUCUCAUGACAAGGGUUGCCGUGCCUACAUGUGUGGAACUAGCUUUCGUCAUUCCAACUGCCUUGAUCAAUACAAGAAAGCUUACACAAAAGUUCUCUCAUCAGAGAAUGGACAGCAGCUGGGGCAAGGCUCCAUUAAUACUCCCGUUGUGAUACAGGAUUCUAACUCUCCUCUCGAAACAAGUGAAGUCACAGAACUUGCUUGCCCACUAUGCAGGGGCCAGGUUAAAGGUUGGACUGUUGUGGAACCUGUGCGUGACUACUUUAAUGGAAAGAAAAGAAACUGCAUGCAGGAUGACUGCUCGUUUCUUGGGACCUAUAAAGAGUUGCGGAAGCAUGUGCGGGCAGAACAUCCCUUGGCACGACCACGUGCAGUGGAUCCUGCUCAUGAACGGAAAUGGAGAUGGCUUGAGUGGGAGCGUGAACGGGAAGAUGUUAUCAGCACAGUGACAUCAACCAUGCCUGGGGCAGUGGUUUUUGGAGAUUAUGUUAUAGAAGGACGGCAGAAUGGACUCGAUUCAGAUGAGGAGGAGGGUGGUUUUAAUCCGGAAAGAAAUGGAAGAUUCCAAAUGGGUAUAGAGGCAAUGAAUUUCUUCCUCCUGUUGCAUGCUGUUCGGCAAGGGAAUGACCUUAACAACCUUAGUAGACGAUUUAGGUCUGAGCUUUCCCCCAAUCAUGUAGCAGGUCAGGAUAGGGCCAUUGAGCUAGAUUUAUCGGAUGAAGAGAAUGAUAAUGGCACGUACAAUGAAGACAACGAUGAUGGUGUAUCUCUGGUUAGCCGGCUCCAACGCCAUGGUGGUGGAAGAGUUCUAUUGAGUCGCUCAGGUAGAAGGCGAAGACGGAGAGAUGCACAAGCAAGGAUUGGGGAUAGUUGAAGAUUGUCCUAGUAGCAGGGAGGUUGGAAAAGGAGAGUUUGGUAGGUAUAUAUUUAGAGCAGAAAUUUAGCAAUUAGCACCAUGGAAGUGGUGAGUUAAUAACAUUUGAAGGGUUUCUUUCCCUGAAACAAGAAAAUCAGAAGAUGGGCAUUAUUAUUUUGCUUUUUCGUUGUAAUUCCUUUCACAUGUACAUUCCUACCUUCCUCCUAUCGCUUUUGCACAUUCUCAAUUUCACUUGUGUAAUCAUUCGAUUUUAUAAAAUCUUUUGACGAGUUGAUUGUCA